AUGGAAGAGUCGAGGAAUUUGGUUAUGUGCGGUCAUUGUGAUCAACUAGUGUCAAGGUCCACGAGGAACAGGCACGAAAACAAGAGAAACCAUCCAUGUGCGCUUCGGAAAUCGUACCAAAAUAUUGUUGGAGAAUCAUCGAGUGACUGCACCGAUAGUGACUCCGAGAUACAACAUAACGGCGGUAAGAGCAGCUAGUUUAUUUUUUAUCAUUUUAAUGUAAAACAGUAAAAUCGCUAGCUUGCUUCAUACAUAUACAGAUGAGAUACAACGGUGUCGCUUGGAGCUUAUUUCUAUUACCUGCGUAAAGAUUUUAAGCGAGAAGAUAUACACAUAUUGUCAUAUACAUCUAUACUGCACACCUUUAUGAAGAUACAGUAUAGUGCAUAUGUUUGCAUGAAAAAUCGGAUAAAUGUAGUAAGCAUGAAGAACUGUUGCAGUAAACUAGAAUGAUUCAUCAGUGGUUUGCUACAAAGCAAUUAGAAAUAUUAAAUUAAAAGGGUGCAAGGCACAAGAAGCAGAAAUAUAUUAAUAUACACCACAGUAUAAUAUAAUAUAAGAAUAAAUAUAAGUGGGAUAUAACAGGCAAUUUGAUUGGCUAAUGCGCGUGCAUUGUGAUGCAAUAAUAUGCACUGUGGUCUGUGGCACUGCUUUGCUCUUUCUGUGUGUUUUUUCCCCACUUCAUCUCUGCUUUUUAGCCAAAAUAUAUAAACAACAUUAUAGAGCUUUUAAAAUACCAAAUUUAUCAGAAAGCAAAAAGGAAUAGACGGAAGGAACAAAGCAAUUUUUCUAGUUCUACGUGUAAAAUUAACCGGCUUGGCAUUCGUCGAAUUUGUUGCUGUCUCGACAAGUUUUUUAAAAUUCAAGCGACGGUAAAAGUAUGUGUGCGACGUCACUGAGUACAUGUUAGGAGAAUUUCAAUGUCGAUCUUUUGAGUAAAAUUGUUCACUACAUAGUAUCUUCUAAUUAUAUUAUAAAAGGAAUAGAACAACUCGUCUCGUGCGUUUAUGGUGCGAUAAUACACUUGGGGAAUGCUGAGAGAAUACUCGAGAAGCGGGUAAAAUACUUGGCUACACCCUCUUGCUUUAGACGCUUCUCUCGUAUUCGCCCAACAUUCCCCCGCGUGCAUUAUCACACCAGAAACGCACACGAAUCGUUUUCUAUUUCUUAAAUAAUACUGAAAUUUUGCACAUAAUUUUUUACUAAAUGUCAGUCUUCACUUUCAGCAGACUCUCAAUACAGCAAUUCUAACCAGAAUACAGCUUCAGAGCCACAGGGUGGAAAUGACGACUUGAUGGUAAGAGCCAAGUACCCUACAGCAAAUCACCAUAGAUACUAAAGUAAUUUAUAAUAUAACAUUGAUCGUACAUGCACGCGAGCGUUGAUUGGUCAAGAAGCGUGUUUUCAUAAGCGUAUAGAAACACGCAAGAAAAUUUCCUGCCCUAGAGCUUCAAAAUUAAAACGUUCACUCAAUCAUUAUUUCUCGUUCUCCCAAACAAAGAGUAGGUAAUAUUAACAUUGAAAGUAAUAUAUCGUAAUAUUGUAUUAUAACAGAAGAUACAUACUGUAUUACAGAUAAAAUUAUGGAUUUCUAUGGCAAUGCAAUUCAAAUUGCUCGUCUUCUCUUUUAAUAUUAAUUUAGCUAAAAUUACAUUACAUGUAACAUUUGGUAUAGGAAUCCAACGGGGCAAGCUCUGUUGGCGAGAACACACUAAACGAUCCAAACGACUGUGAUAUGUAUCCGUCAGAAGCCAGUACAUUGAGUGAUUCAUCAACUGACGAAGAAAGUGCAGGUGACGAAGUUUGGAAUGAUCUUCUUAUUGACGAUCUAAUAAAAGAUAUUGAAAACCCACCACCUCUGCCUAUCAAAGAAAAAAAAUAA